GCCGGGCGGCGGCUGCGGGCGGCAUGGAGCGGGGCGAGGAGCGGGGCGCGGGGCUGGGAGCCGGGCUGGGCGCCGCGCUGGAGGCCGCGCAGGGCCAAGGGGCCGCCGAGGCGGUGGAGCGGGCCCUGGCGCGGUACAACGAGGAGAAUCGGGCCAUUUUCAGAUUUGAUCCAGCAGAUGAAGAUAAAAGAAAGAAACUAUGCGAGGAGAUUCUAAACAUCCUUGAAAAAGACACGAAAACUUCAUGUCAAGUUGCCUGUCUGGAAGCCCUGCGGAUUCUCUCCAGGGACAAGACUGUUUUAGUGCCUGUAACCACGAAGAGGAACAUGCAGAUUCUUAUGAGACUAGCAAAGCUGGACACUGUGGAAGACCCUUUGGAGAAGGUGUCUGAAUUUCCUGUUAUAGUAGAAGCUUUAAAAUGCCUCUGUAACAUAAUUUUUAAUAGUGCUGUUGCACAGAAGCUCAGUUUGGAACUGAAUCUUGCAGCCAUGCUCUGCAAUCUUCUGAAAAAAUGCAAGGAUCAGCAGCUUGUUGGUGACAUUAAAUGCUUUGAUUUGCGUCUUCUCUUCCUCUUGUCGCUUCUGCACACAGAUAUUAGGUCACAGUUGCGUCAGGAACUGCAAGGGGUGCAAGUUUUGACGCAGGCCUUGGAAAGUUCCCUGAAUGUAAGAUGGACAGAAGAAUAUAAAGCAGCGGAAGAUCGUGACAGGCCUCCUUUAUCUCUGCAAGAGACAGAUUGUGCCAUUGAGGCACUGAAGGCGCUUUUUAAUGUAACACUUGACAGCUGGAAUGUCCACAGCAAGAAUGAAUCUCAUCAAUUUCGUUACAUGGCUGCCAUCCUUCGACACUGCUUAUUAACCAUGGGCCCUACUGAAGACAAAACUGAAGAGUUGCACAGCAAUGCAAUCAACCUCUUAAGCAAUGUUCCUGUUUCUUGCUUGGAUGUUCUUAUUAGUCCAUCUUCCCAAGAGGAAACAGAUAUAAAAUACAACGGUAUGAAUAUGGGAGCAAUUCAGAUUUUACUGGAUUUCAUGGAGAAGAGAAUUGACAAGGGAAGCAGCUAUAGAGAAGGUCUGACUCCAGUUCUCAGUUUAUUAACUGAAUGCUGCCGAACUCAUAGGAAUAUCAGGAAGUUUAUCAAAGCUCAGGUACUGCCUCCACUAAGAGAUGUGUCGAAUCGUCCAGAAGUUGGCACAACAGUGAGAAACAAGCUUGUGCGCCUUAUGACACAUGUUGACCUUGGAGUAAAGCAAAUUGCAGCAGAAUUCCUUUUUGUUCUUUGUAAAGAGAGAGUUGACAGCUUGUUAAAAUACACAGGCUAUGGUAAUGCAGCAGGAUUGCUGGCAGCAAGGGGCCUGUUAGCAGGAGGAAGAGGAGAUCAUUGGUACUCAGAUGAUGAAGAUACAGAUACUGAAGAAUACAAAUCGGCAAAGCCAAACAUUAACCUUAUCACUGGUCACUUAGAAGAACCGAUGCCCAAUCCAAUGGAUGAAAUGACAGAAGAACAAAAAGAAUAUGAAGCUAUGAAGCUUGUCAACAUGUUUGAUAAACUUUCCAGAGAUGAACUUAUAAAACCAAUGGGAGUGCGGCCGGAUGGUACAAUGGCUCCUUUGGAAGAAGCAGUCAGCCAGUACCAUACCAACAAGCAAGACAGCUCAGAUUCAGACUAAAGCAUCACCUGCUUCACUCUCAAUUCUCCUCCAACCCACGGUUUUCCUUAGAGCCACGACAUCUUUUAUCUAGGCGUUUUAUCCUCGCGUUAGCCAGCGUCACUUUAACUGUUCUAUUAUUGGGAUAUUUAAAUGAUGGAUCCUGUGGUGUAAUGUCUGCAUUUUUAUUAUAUCUGUUCAAAGAACAUACCAAUUUAUUAGUUUACGAUCUUUAUUAAUUUAAAACUAAAUGUAUUUCAAAGGGAUAAAAAGUGAAAGCCUACAAUGUAAAAUAAAAUAUAAACAUUUUGAUUUUCCAGAAUCCUGUUUUCUGAACUCUGUAGGUUUUCCCAUUCUUUAUAUAUAUCUUUUUGUAUUGUCUUGCGAGUCUCUCUUUCCUUUUGUAUGAUUCUAAUUAAAGAAAGGAGUUUGCUUAAUGGCA